AGGUGGCUUCCUCUUCCUCUGUUGUACUCUGAAGGUAGCAGCGGCGAUGGGCGUGACAAUGGAAUGCUGCUUCAGCUCGGGGAAGAUGGCCUCUGUCUGGUGCUUCGUCCUCCUGGGCCUCGCCAUGGCCGUUCUUCCCGUUCACUGUCAGUCCACAGACGCUCUCGGUUUCAUAAGCAUCGACAACGGUAUAGCCCCUGGCACCACCUACAUCGACCCGAAGAGCAACAUAACCUACGUUUCUGACACCGGAUUCAUCGACACCGGAGAAAACCAUAACAUCUCCGGGGCAUACGUGACGAACGGCAUGGCAAGACGAUGGCUGAGCCUGAGAAGCUUUCCCAGCGGGACUCGCAACUGCUACAGGAUCACGUCCAUCACCAAGGGCUCCAAGUAUCUUGUGCGAGCGUGGUUUAUGUACGGGAACUACGACGGCAUGAACACGCAGCCACUGCUGUUCGAUCUCUACCUGGGCGUCAAUCUCUGGGCGAACAUGAACAUCACCGGCCCCGACCAAACGUAUACCAACGAGGUCAUCACGGUGGCCUCAUCUGAUGUCUUCUCGGUGUGCCUGCUGAACACCGGGCAUGGGACUCCGUUCAUAUCGGGGCUGGACGUGAGGCCAUUGAAGGACAUGCUUUACCCGGCCGUGAACGCCUCUCGCAGUCUGGUCCUCUUCAAGCGGCUUAACAUGGGACACAAGGGUACCUAUGUCAGGUACCCGGACGAUCGCCACGACCGCCUCUGGGAGCCGUGGAGCUUGCCCAUAUGGACCGACAUCUCCACCACUUCCACUGUCGAGAAUCUCUCGGAGGACUACUUCGAGGCCCCCUCUGCCGUCAUGCAGACCGCCGUCACCCCCGUCAACUCCACCACGCUGCUCCUCUCCUGGGAUCCCUAUCCCGGCGACGUCAACCAGUACUUCCCCAUCUUGCACAUCUCCGAUUUCCUCAAACUCUCCGGGACCAACGUCUCGCGGCAGUUCUACGUCUACGUCAAUGGGAUCCAGUGGCUGGGAAACCCCAUGACCCCGGACUACCUCUUCUCCGACGCCGUGUACAGCAUCCACCCCCUCGGCCAGUUCCUUUCCUACAACAUCACUCUUGUGGCGCUGAGCAACUCCACCCUUCCGCCCAUCCUCAACGCCUUGGAAAUCUUCUCGACCUUGAGUAACGCCAACGUGCCGUCGAAUGAUGGCGAUGUUAAUGCCAUGAUGGCAAUCAAGGCAUGGUAUAAGAUUAAGAGAAAUUGGAUGGGAGAUCCAUGUACUCCGACGGCAUUUAGUUGGGAUGGACUAAACUGUACUUUUAGCGUCUCAAUUCCUCCAAGGAUCACUACUUUGAACCUAUCAACAAGUGGAUUGACUGGUGAAAUAACCAAGUCUUUUGCCAGCCUUGGUGCAAUUGAAUAUCUGGACUUGUCUUACAACAACUUAACAGGGACAAUACCUGCUGUUCUAGCGGAAUUAACUUCCCUCAAACUCCUAGAUCUGACGAGGAACCAGUUAAAUGGAUCGAUUCCUUCUGCCCUCCUUGAGAGAUCACAAAAUGGAUUUCUUACCUUAAGAAUUGAGGGAAAUCCAUAUCUUUGUGAGAAUGGAACUUCAUGCAAGGUGACGCCAUCAUCGAAAAAGAAGAAGAUAACGACACCUGUAAUUGUUAUUCUUUGUAUAGUUCCUGUUACAAUAGUGCUCAUGGUGAUACUCAUAAUCUGCAGGCUGAAGCGACAAGGCUCGAGAAAAGGUACCUCUGUGAAGCCACAGAAUGAAGUUUUCUCCAACCAAGUAAAGGACCAUCGUCAUGAUCCAUUGCAACUUGAGAACCGACAAUUCACAUACAUGGAGUUAAAGAACAUAACUAAUAAUUUUCAAAAGGUCCUAGGCAAAGGAGGAUUUGGCACUGUCUUCUAUGGUUGUUUGGAAGAUGGGACUGAAGUUGCAGUCAAGAUGCGAUCCCAAGCAUCAUCACAAGGGACUGACCAGUUUCUUGCUGAGGCCCAGCACCUGACAAGGGUUCAUCACCGGACUUUAGUUUCUAUGGUUGGCUACUGCAAUGAUGGAGACUAUCUGGCACUUGUAUACGAAUAUAUGGCUCAGGGAACCCUACAAGACCAUCUACAAGGAAGGACACACAGUACCAGACCUUUAAGUUGGCGACAGCGUCUCCUGAUUGCAGUUGAGGCUGCAGAAGGACUGGAGUAUUUGCACAAGGGAUGCAAACCAGCAUUAAUUCACAGAGAUGUGAAGACAGCAAAUAUCCUAUUAAGUGAGAAGCUGGAGGCCAAGAUAGCAGAUUUUGGCCUCUCAAAAGCUUUUCAAAGUGAGGUCAAUACUCAUGUAUCCACGGCAGUCGUGGGAACCCCAGGAUACCUUGAUCCAGAGUACUACAAUACCUUCCAGAUCAGUGAGAAAAGCGAUGUGUACAGCUUUGGGGUGGUUCUUUUGGAGCUGAUCACAGGGCAACCUCCAAUUGUACAAAGUGCAGAGCAUGCACAUAUAGUUCAAAGGGUGCGCCAAAGGCUUGGCCGAGGAAAUAUUGAGGAUGUUGUCGAUGCCAAGCUGCAAGGGAAUUAUGAUGUCAAUUCUGUGUGGAAGUGUGCUGAUAUCGCACUGAAAUGCACAUCACAAGCGUCCCAUCAGAGGCCAACCAUGGCAGAUGUUGUGAUGCAGCUGAAAGAGAGUUUGGAACUAGAGACUUCUCCUGAUAGAACUGAGAACCUAGUUACAUGCAGUGAGAACCUAUACACAGAAGUCAGCAACAUAAGCGAUACCAACAGUGCACUUGAAAUAGAAAAUAUUGCAAGAAUGUCUGAUGUUUGUGGUCCGUCGGCAAGCUAUAAGAAGUCGUCUUCCUUCUCCCAGUUGCACCGAUCAUCAAGUCAUCGGAAAGUCGGAGUUGGUGAUCACACGCGCAACACUGACGGUUUCAUAAGCAUCGACUGCGGCAUCGCCGAUGGUUACAGCUACACCGACGCCAAGACUACCAUACCAUACAACUCCGACACCAACUACGUUGCCACCGGGGUAAAUCACAAUAUCUCGACGCGGUUCGACUCGAAUACAACUAUAGCAACACAAGAUCGAACCCUCAGAAGCUUUCCGCAAGAUAAAAGGAGCUGCUACACUCUUCCCGUGGAGGAAGGUCGAAAGUAUCUGGUAAGAGCGACGUUCCUUCAUGGCAACUACGAUGGCCGGAAGGUCAGCAGUGUCGACCCCAUACUUUUUGAUCUCCACCUAGGCGUUAAUCUCUGGGAAUCAGUAAACAUCUCCGAUGUCACUCGGACGCAUGAGUCUGAAGUGAUCACAGUUGCCUUGGCUGGCUAUAUAUCCGUAUGUCUCGUAAACAAGGACAAGGGAACUCCUUUCAUAUCGUCACUGGAGUUGAGGCCACUGAGGAAAGAAACACUGUAUCCGGCUGCAACCGCCUCGGUGGCGUUGGUCAAACACUCCAGGUUCGAUUUUGGAGGAAGUAUCGAGCUUAGGUUCCCAGACGACCCUUAUGAUCGGAUAUGGACACCCUUCGACGACGACAACAAAUGGACACGGAUCAGAACCACCUCUCCCGUCCAGAGCCGCUUCGAUGACAUGUUCGAGGUGCCUUCCGCCGUCCUCCAAACGGCCGUUGUCCCCAUCAACUCUACCAAGGCCGAGCUGCUCUUCGAGUGGGGUUUGCCUGACUAUGAGGAUGUACGGCCCCAAUUCAACAUCUUCAUGCACUUCGCGGAGCUCCAACCCCUCGCCGUAGGCCAGUCCAGAAACUUCACCGUCUACCUCAAUGGGAACCCGUGGUUGGACCGCCCCUACUCCCCGCCAUACCUCUUGUCGGGCUACAUCUACUCCACCGUUCCGUCUUAUUUGUACCAGUACAACGUCUCGAUCAAGGAGACGGCCACUUCGACCCUUCCGCCCAUCAUCAAUGCGCUGGAGACCUAUACCAUUAUGCAGCUCACGGAGAACGCCACCGACGGCUCCGACGUUGAUGCCAUUGGGGCAAUCAAGAAGCGUUACAAGGUGAACAGAAAUUGGAUAGGUGAUCCAUGUGCUCCAGAAGUGUACAAAUGGGAUGGUUUGGAUUGUAGCUAUAGCGUUUCUGACUCUCCAAGGAUCACAGCUGUACACUUGUCUUCUGGUGGACUGAUGGGUACAAUAGAUUCUUCCUUUGCUGAGCUCAAAGCAAUCAAGUAUUUGGACUUGUCUUACAACAACUUAACAGGGCAAAUACCUGACACUUUAGUGGAGCUACCUACCCUUGAAGUCCUAAAUUUGUCAAACAACCAGUUAACCGGGUUUGUUCCUUCUGCUCUUCUUCUCAGAACACAAAAUGGAUCACUUACCCUAAGGAUUGAAGGCAAUCCGAAUCUUUGUGCCGAUGGAGAUUCAUGCACGGUAACCCCAACAUCAACAAAAAAGAAGAUAUCAACACCUCUGAUUGUGAUUCUCUGCAUAGUUGCUGUUGUACUACUUGUGGUGAUAGUCAUGUUUUGGAGGCUGAGAAAGCGACGAGGCUUAAAUCGUCACGGUGGAACCAUGCAAGUAACUGAUAAUCACGAUCGUUCAUUGCAACUUGAGAAUCGUCAGUUCCCAUACACGGAAUUGAAGAAUAUAACCAACAACUUUGCAAAGGUCCUUGGCAAAGGAGGAUUUGGGACUGUCUACCAUGGCUACUUGGAAGACUGUACUGAAGUUGCAGUUAAAAUGCGAUCCCAGUCAUCAUCUCAAGAUACUAAAGAGUUUUUUGCUGAGGCACAGAGCUUAACAAGGGUUCAUCACCGGAAUCUGGUUUCUCUCAUUGGUUACUGCAAGGAUAGAGACUCUCUGGCACUUGUCUAUGAGUACAUGUCUCAAGGGACGCUACGAGAUCAUCUGCAAGGUUUGGAACUCCUUAUAUUUUACUAUCUAGUCUUUUAUCUUACUGCUCAUGGCUUGUUACAUGGAUCUGCGACAGGAAGAAACAAUACUGCUAUAGCUUUAAGCUGGGGGCAGCGACUCCACAUUGCAGUCGACGCUGCACAAGGACUGGAGUAUCUGCACAAGGGAUGCCGACCACCGCUGAUCCACAGAGAUGUGAAGACAGCCAACAUCCUUUUGAGUGAAAGGCUGGAGGCCAAGAUAGCAGAUUUCGGGUUGUCCAAGACUUUCCAAAAUGAGGUCAGCACUCACGUAUCUACAACGGUGGUGGGAACCCCGGGAUACCUUGAUCCGGAGUACUACAAUAACUACCAGCUCAGUGAGAAAACUGAUGUGUAUAGCUUCGGCGUGGUUCUUCUGGAACUGAUCACAGGGCAGCCUCCAUUGCUACAAGUUUCAGGGGGUUCACAUAUAAUUCAAAGGGUGAGGCGAGGACUUGCCACGGGAAACGUCGAGGACAUUGUUGAUGCCCGGCUUCAAGGGGAGUACGACGUCAACUCCGUUUGGAAAUGUGUUGACGUAGCACUCAAAUGCACAUCGCAGAGGUCGCAACAGAGGCCGACCAUGACGGAUGUGGUGAUGCAGCUGAAGGAGAGCUUGGAACUACAGACCCCUCGUGACAGGAUCGAGAACCCAAUCACAAGCAAAGGGGAAAGAUACAUGGAAGAAGGUGAUGCAAUCGAGAGUAACCCAUAUGUUGUAGAAAUGACUCUGGUAAGCAGCGGUCCAUUGGCAAGAUGAUGUUGACAUCUUUUCCAGUCCAAUAGUUUAGUUUUAUGUGUGUUAGGAAAGCAGUUUCUGUAAGUCCAAAAACAAGUGGUAAGCUGUUAGCAAAGCUUCUUCCACGAAA